AUGAUCGAGGCUCGGAAAAGUGAGUUUUUGAAUUUUUUUAGGACUACUAAAGUGACCACUUCACGAUUUUCUGGUCUCUUCCAAGAUUCCAUUAGAAAGGGUUCAGAAUUUUAUUAAUAAUUGCUUGAAGCCUCUCUAGUGGUCCCUUGGAAAGGAGCGGACUUUCCUUCCAGUAACUCUGAUAAUUAAAAAAAAACAGAUUGGACGAAUUAUGUUGAUCCAUUGACCCCUAAAGUGGCCACUCAAAUUUUAGUGGUCUAGUAGUAGCGCUUAGACCACUAUAGUGGCCACUAACUUUUAACCCCUUAAGUGGUCACAAACUUGACUACUAUAGUGCCCACUAGAACGUCAAAACCCUAUAGUGGCCACUGAAAAAUUUCCCAGUUCCUCUGAAGUUUACACUUUAGGAUAACUUUUCAAUACGGUAGAUAAAAAAAUAUCCUUAUCAAAUUAUCUCUCAGGAUCGGAUUCUGAGUCGACGUCAUCAUCGUCUUCUGAUGACGAAGCCCUAGAAGCACUACCAGAUGACGUCGUACAAAAUUUGGCCGACUGCCAAACCCAAAAUGAACCUGGAACAUCCUCUUCCACAUCUUCUUGGAUGGGAUCUUUCAAUCAAAAAUUGAAAAAGUCCUCAUCCUUCAAAAAACUUUAUGAAAAGGAUUUUUUUAGAGCUGGAGCUUCUGUAAUGGGAACUCUGAGGUCGAGCACGUCUUCUACGAAUUUAGAACAAAAAACUGAGGAGCCGAAGCCUCAAAACAAGAAACACCACUGGAAACAUCGGCUGUGGUCUACUUGGAACAAUAUUAAAUAUUCCAGUUGGUUUUUGGUGUAUUUUGGUUAAAAGAAGCUAGAUCUGGUACCCUCCAGAACCCAUAGGAUUUUCGAAAUAUUGAUUUUUCCGGGUCUCUUUUGUCACUUAAAACUUCGAAAAUUCAUAUCUGGGUUCAAAAUGCUCAGAAUGGCGUAGAAAGAAGUUUUUUAUCGUGUUCAGUGGGCCCUCUUGCAUAUAGAACCAUCUGGUACCCGCAAGAACCCAUAGGAUUUUUGAAAUAUCGAUUUUUCCUUAUUUUGGGCCAAUUUCGUCAGUUACAAAUUCAAAAUCUCAUGUCUCGGAUUGAAAUGCUCAGAAUCGGGUGGAAAAAAAAUGUUUAUUGUCUUCAGAGGGCCCACUUUCUCAUAGAACUAUCUGGUAGCCGCAAGAACCCAUAUAGUUCUCGAAAUAUCGAUUUAUCAAUGUUUCAGUCAAGAUAGUUACUGUAAACUUCAAAAAUUUAUAUUUUGGUUAAAAAUGCUCAGAAUCAGGUGAAGAAAAGUUUUUUAUUGUCUUCAGAGGGCCCUUUUUCAUAUAGAACUAUCUGGUACCCUCCAGAACCCAUAGGGUUUUCGAAAUAUCGAUUUUUCUUUUUUCUAGGUCUAUUUUGUCACUUAGAACUUCAAAAAUUCAUAUCUCGGCCCAAAAUGCUCAGAAUCGGGUGAAGAAAAUUUUUUAUUGUUUUCAGAGGACGCUCUUUCAUAUAGAAACAUCUGGUUCCCUCCAAAACCCAUAGGAAUUUUAAAAUAGCCGCUUUUUAGAAAAGUCUGCUUAUGUAUACUAGGAAAACUGAAGCGUGUACUAAAGGAAAAAGGGAAACAAGGACCCCCUAAAUGGUCAUUUAGGACCUGAUAUAGGGAAUUUUUCAAAAAGUGUCUGGUAGGACUUCGGGAAAAAAAAAGAAAUUUUUUUCAGGAUCGCAAACUUUUGAGCAAACUUAUCAAAAAGAAACUAGUUGACACUUCCCAAAUAUGAAUUUUAUCAGGGUUUUUUCGAAAAAAUUGGAAAUUCUUCAAUUUUACCUCUGAGCUGGAAUGGAGCAUUUUUUCAAAUAUUUUUUUUGUUACUUUUUAUGAGAACUUAUCCAAAAGGGUUUUAGAGGAAUUUUUCCUUUCAUUUUGUUGGAAAACAAGUAUUUUUCUGAUUAGUUAGGUUUUCAACUGAAAAUCUCAUUUUGGACUCUUUUUAGACGAUAAUUCAUGCAACAGAAACGGAAAAAUGAAAAAAAGCUGUUUUUUUAAGUCAAAGAAAUUUAUUAAUUUUAUAAUUUUUUUCCUUAGAAGUUUAUUUCUAAAUUUUUAGAGAAUUUUUUUAAUGUUUUUCGAAUUUUUUUGUUUACAGAAAAAAAUAUCAAUUUUUUUCAAUUCAAAAAAAUCUCUUUUUGGAACGAUUUAGGCGCUUGGAUGAGCGAUCGAAGCGAUGAGUACGGCGGAGCGAACAAGGUCGUUCUUCUUGGGCGAUUUUUAUAUCACUGAUAAAGAUGGUAAGAAGUUGUUACCAUUCGAUUAAAAGUACAGCUGUAUUUUUAAUAAUUCCUAGAGUUCAGAAGCCAAUGGAGCAUGUGGAUUCGAAGAUUUCUAUCUGGAUUAUUAUUCCCGUAUUUGGAUUACGUAUAGAACUAAUUUUGCGCCUUUACUUGGCACUGAGGUUGGCGAAAUGAUAAUUCAAAAUAAUUAUUUGAAUUUCAAGACGACGUCCGACUGUGGCUGGGGUUGUAUGUUAAGAACGACACAAAUGAUGGUAGCCCAUGCGAUUUUUUUGAACCGAUUGUCUAGAAGUGAAUUUUUUCACCUAUAUUGAACUGUAGUUCAAGGAAAAAAUUUUCAGAUUGGCGGUAUACUCGAAGGAAAAAGUCGAAUAUUCAUGGCCAAAGUGUCCAGACACCCGAUUUCGACGCUCAUCUUCAGAUUUUACAGCUUUUUGAAGUAUUUCGAAUUUUAUCUCUGCCUAUUUUAUGUGCUUUUUCAAGGACUGUGAGAAGGCCCCAUUGGGAAUCCAUCAAUUGGUAAAAAUCGCGUCGAAGAACAAAGGGAAAUCGGCUAUCGGCUCUUGGUACACUCCUUCGGAGGCUGUGAAUCUUUUGAGGUAAUUAAAAAAAUAAGGAAUAUUUUCAGGUCUACUUUUAGCUCAAAUAUUGAUAUAGAAAAUAUCAGAGAGUUCAUUUAGGGGGGCGCGCCGUAGCGCAACAGGUUGUGUGCCUGUCUACGGUCCACAGGGUCACAAGUUCGAUCCCCGCCCCGACCCAACCAAGGGGUUUAAGAAAUGUUGGUAGUGGGAAACCACGACUUUAAAAUCCCCAGCCGUCACACACAAAGACGGAUAUGUCACUAGAGCCAGUCCACUGAUAUCAGGAUAGGACCUCGGCUAAUCGACUUGGGGCGCCGACGCCGCUCAAGCGGUACAAAGGCGUAAGAAGAAGAAAAAGAAGAGAGCUCAUUUAGGACUAGUCCGUUCAGGUUUUGAGCUACAAUUAAAAUGACAUCAUUAGAAAACGCUCUUGCUCGUUGAUUGGUUGUUACGUCAUUAGGGGCGGAGCUUCAGACUUGAAAUUCAAAAUCUGAAUGGUCUACAUGGCGAUUAUUUGGCCGAAGUCCUGCUAGGAGUAAAAAAGUGGCAGCGCCUAAGAAUAUCGAAAUUGGAAGCGCCUGACUAGGGUAUGGUCUCCCCUGAACAUCGAGUUGAGAAUUGAGACUGUGUGGGUUUGAUAGACUUUAUUGUCAUUUUCCUAAAUUUUUAGUGUAAAUAUUUGAAAAAUUUCUUAAAAAUAUGAAAGUUAUGAAGUUAUAAGUCGACAAAAAUUUUAUCCGCCAAAAGGAUUCGAACCCUGGUCACAAUAUUGACAAGUUUCGGGAGACCACUACCACUACACCACGCCGCCAGUUGCUAACCGAGGGCUCCGAGCGCGGCCAUAUCCGCGCUGGAAAACUUUCGACGAUCUUUUCCUCCGCCGCCCGUGGGGUUUAGCAGAAUUUUAUUUUUGAGUCCGAGAGCUCCUACCCAGAACUGUCAAACCCACAUAGUCUCAAUUUUGAGAGAGACCAUACCCUAGUAAGAAUAUCGAAAUUGGCAGCGCCUGAGAAGAUAGAAAUUGGCAGCGCCUAAAAAUAUCAAAAUUGGCAGCACCUGAACUUUCGAAUGUCUUCGAAACUUGGCUGGAAAAUUUCUAUUCUCAUGCAGGCCAGUAGCACCCGCGGAUGCUACCGCCGAGCACCCGAAACGCAAUUUUCAGCCGCGCAUAGUUCAGCGGAUCUAAGCAAACGCCCAGUUCACGCGCCGAGCCCCCGUUUAGGUCCGGGACAACACGUGAAACGUUAAAAAACACCGGGUGAUCGGCAGUAGUGCCCGUUUCGCAAAAUUAUGACGUAUUAGCCCAACGGGGGCUACUGGCCAGCAUUAGAGAACAUUAAGCUUCUACAAAAUGGCAGCGCCUGAAUAAAAAAAAAUUUCAAAGCAUUUUGAAAAAAUGGAAGUUCCUUGACAGGGGAGCUCAUUUUACUUUGCGGAUGGGAGUUACCUGAAAAUUGGCCAGAACACUUCUUCAUGUACCAGAAGAAGAUUCUAGGAGUUUCAACCGGCACAACUUCCUAGAUUUCGAGAAAUAAGCGCUUUAAGCCUCAAAAUAGCCUUUCUUUUAUGAAUUUGGGGGAUUUCUCUGACUUUGAGGCGUCUUAUCUCAAAAAUAAGGAAGUUGUGAAGGUUUAGGUCUUCAGAAUCUUUUUCUGGUACGUUAAGGAGCUCUCUGGCCAAUUUUCAAUCCCAACCGCAAAAUAAAAUGAUCUUCCUUGUGAGAAUCUCCUUGUCAGUUAUUUAUCUUCUUCUUUCCCUUCUCUAAUUGGAAUUUUGUCCUUCAUUUCUUUUUUUUCGUAGAAAAAAUUGCUAUCCGAUCAUCCGAACUUCCUAGAAGCAGCUGUUAAAUUUUUUUCGAAUCGCGCUUUUUUUAACAAUUUUUUUUUCUAUUUCAUCACUUAAUUUUUCGAUUUCUUUAUAAAAUAGUCUGUUUUUUGCUUUUAUCAACCGUAGUAAGAUUAUAUUUUUCCAGAACAGCCUUACUGGAGUCAUCUUCGCCAGUGACGGGAGACCUGGCGAUGAUGGUCUCAAUCGGCUCCAUACAUAUCCGAGACGUUGAUUUGGAGACGCGCGAUUGGUCCAAGAGACUUUUAUUAGUAAUCGUUCUACGGUUGGGGGCUACUGAAAUUAAUACGGUUUGUACCUAAAAAUAAAAUUCAAUAUGAUGGACUAGCUGAAAAAUCUAAAUUUUUGUUUAUUAUCCGAUAUUUGUGCUCUUUUACCACCUUUUUUUCAGGUCUACGUCCCUCACCUACAGUUUUUGUUCAGUUUAUCGUGUUUUUUGGGCGUUUGUGGUGGCCGACCCGAUCAUUCACUUUAUUUUGCUGGUUUUUAUGGAGAUGUGAUUCAUUUAUUUUUGAUAAUAGAAGUUUAAUUUCAUUCAGCAAGUUAUUUAUUUGGACCCGCACGUCGCUCACGAAUAUAUCCCAUUGACGGAGGAUUCAGAAGAAAGAAAGUCGAGUUUGGAAGAACAUAAUGAUGAGAAGGUAUGGGUGAAGAAGUGUCGCACUUGGAAUGGGUAGAUGCGUCGCGGUUGCGUAGCGGCUCGCAUUUUUUAGACUUUUCUUGGCGCUUACGAACGUUGAGUCAUUUCAAAUGCGACCUUGAGCUUCUGCUCUAACAGAUUUUUCUAAUAUUACUGUUUUUUUUUUCAGAAGAUAAAGAACCCCCUGAGAAGCUAUCAUUGCAAGUUGAUGUCGAAAAUGCACUUUGCUGAUAUGGAUCCGAGUUGUGCGGUACCUGAAAAUUUAAGUCUAAUUUUAAAUUUUAAUAUUUGAGAUCGGUUUCCUGUUCAAAUCGAGAGCUGAGUUCGAUGAGGUCGUCAAGGCGAUGAAUUUGGUUGGUUUUUAUUUUUCCUAGAAGCUUUUUUCAGCGGUGAAUGGCUUCAUAAUGAGCUCUAGCUUAAUUUGAAAAAAAAAAAACUAUUAACAACUUCAUAUUCGUUUCAAGACCAAACUUGAAUUUCAGAAGUGAAGCCAUAUUCAAUUCAACUUCUUUCUUCCCGUUAUUCAAAGUUUUAAAUUCAAAUAACUUCAGGAUUUUUUUACUCUAUUCGUAUACCUUAUAUGACGUCAGUCAAAAUCUCUCUCAAGUCGAUUUUCAAUUCCAAGUGACUUGAAUAUAUAAUGAAGAGUUUUCUUUCAAACGAAACGACGCUAUGAUCCUUCCAAGAUCAUUUUCAAGUUUCAAAGUACGACGCGGUUAUUUUCAAAUCAAUUUUGAGCCAUAGGUUACUCAAUAUCACUUAAAAGGUCUUGAUAAAUGUUCUAAUCCCAUUUUUUAAGCUCUGAUUGGUUCGAGAAUCUUUUUGAGGAAGAUUUGGAUUUCUCAAUGUCAAAGUGCUAUUUAGCUCGCUUUUUGAAAAAUUUCAAAGUGGGAGUGGGCCGUAGCGCAACAGGAUGUGUGCCUGUUUAUUGUCCAAAGGGUCGCAAGUUCGAUCCCCGCCGAGACCCAACCAGGGGGUUUAAGAAAUUUUGGUAGUAGGCUUCCUAAUCUGCCACACAGUCGGCGGCUUGACAACAUAGAUUAGAAAAAAAAAAUGGACACGUUCAUUUUUUUCAGAGCCAAGUGAUCGACGUGGACCUCGGCAAAGGAGAAGGAAUGAAAAGAACCCGAGAUCCGCUUUUUAGUGUCAUUUAUGGCGAAAGAGCGGCCCCAUCGGAAUUUUCGAGGGAAAAUUCAAACUCGGAAGCCGAAAUAGCACAGGCCCAGCAGCACGGCUUUGAACUUCUCUGA